GGAAACCCUUAUCUUGUACCUCAGAAAAUAUAUUAGAGUUUGUCUCGUUAUACCGGUUAUAGCUCUGUAUGUUUUGUAUUCAGUUUUAACUCACCGUGCACGUAUAUUUUUCAGAGGCAAGUUUAAAAGCCUUGUGACUGACAGGCUCGUACCUUUUAAAUCUCAUUUCUACAGUGAAACAGGUCACCUUCCACCACCAUAGUGCAAGUUUUUUGUUUUUUUUUCUGUGUGAUGUUCGUCUACAUGUCACUAGCUGAACCUGUGAGUUGAAUAAGAUAUUGCAAGGCGUGGAGUUUGUAUUGUGAUGAUACGUAAGUGCCUUCCUGUGAUUGUGCCUGGUGAUGAGUGAAGGGUGCAACAUGGCGCACUGUUCGCGAACAGCUGAACUGUCCUCAGGACACCGUUGAGAAGUCUCACGUGGUAUCCGAGAUGGAUCCUGCUAGCCGAGCGAGUGACAACCAGGAUGAACGAUAAGCCUUAUGGAAGAAAGGCUGCAUUGUGUGAGUGACGUACAGAUGUGCGCGUGUGGAUUCGCCGUGAGUUUACGUAAGGGUUCCAUAUUUUAUGCUCGUAGAUCAGGUGAAUUGUGCUGCGGAUCUAUAGAUCAGCGCCGUCUUCCGCUGUGAACGGAAUGAAUGAGUUUCAAGUGACCGCUGUUUCGCCUCACUUCUGAAACAUGUCGCCGUGUUUGCGACAUUUCAGCAGGCACUUCUGUAAUAAUAAAACACGAUGUGGUUUCAGUUAUAAGUUGCAGUUAAUCCUUCCUGAUGUGUUGUUAAAGCUAUGGGUCAAUUAGUUACUGUGUAGUGAUACUCAUUGUUAAGGAAUUUAAGUCUUCAUACCUUGUACUAUUGCACUAUUACUCGGAUACAAGAGUCGGAACCAUUCGAUGAGAUGAUUGGGAACCGUUACUAGUUAACUUGAAAAUUUGGAAAUAUUUAAAACAAGAUCGUUUGUUAUAAGAAAAGAAUGUGUCACCAUGACCUGAACAAAUAACUUCAUUAGGGAAGUAAUCGGAGUUUGUAGUGGCAAAUUCGCGAUGUCUAUGUCCUACCGAAUGGCGUUAGCUGCGGAAUGAACCACCAAAUUAAAAGGUACAACUACUGCAGGAAAGAACAGAACAUUACAAUCAUAACAGGUAUUGUGUGCAUUCGUGGGUGACACAUUUAACUAUCUGGCCGCAAGUGGACGCGCGGCGCACAAUAAUAUUAAAUGGUUGGAAUGUUGCGGCCAGAUGUAGGCUAGCAUGAAAUCAUUUCCACAUCGUUUAGCAGCGGCUGGACUUCCAGGACAAUGAAUAUGUUUCGGUGAGUCUUUAUAUGCAUUCAUAACUGUUCUAAUUAGGUACUGUGGUAAGUGGUGUGUGCUGAAAUGCGUGUACCUCAGCAGAGAUCCUCUCGCAGUAACACUGCAACAGCAGCUGCUUCCGGUGCUAAAAGAUUGUCAUCCGUAUCAGCUUCCAGCGCUCCAGUGUCACCAGGCAAGAAACGGAAACUGCAGUCUGAGUCACCCUCAAAAACGAAAAUUGUCCCUAAAACUGCGGCUGUUGCUGAUGCCGUAACAUCCAAUCAAGAUUCAAAAAGAAGACAAGCACUGCCAAAUAUCAGAAAACAGUUGCAUCAGCCGAAGAAGGCUGAAGAAACUCGUGUCACAAAAACAUCAAAACCUGAUCUCGCUGCAAAGAAAUCGCACACGAAAAGCUGUAGCAAUGUGCCGUUGGUGGGAUUAAAGAAAAUAAAAGUCAAAGACGGGAGGGUCACUGUCAAGGAAGUGUUGCUGACGGCAGCAGUAACUAAAUCGGAGAAAAAGCUGGCAAAAUCUGUGCCGUCAAAGAAACAAGUAAACACGAACAUCAACAGCAAGAAAGCGGCUCUUGCAAGCGAAUGUUUGUCGGAACCGCCGACCGCUGCAGAUCAAGCUCUUAGUGGCGGCAACUGUGAGAAACAUCCAGCCGAGGCGGAAAGGCAGCAGCACUCCCUUUCCCAGAAGAAGGCACAAUGUAGAAGCACUUCUUCCUCGAAACCGAACACCAAAAAAGGAAAGAUUGUUAUGAAGAAAUGUAAGAGCGCUGCUGUAAUUUCGGUUCCUGUUCCUCUUACGCGGACCAAAAAGCUUAAGCAACGACAAAAACUGAAAUCAGUUAAGAAAAUCUGUCUGAAAAAGUAUCCGAUCACAAGGCAAGUAAUAGUUACACAAAUGAAACAGCAAGCAGUAAAGGAGGGAAAGAAACAGAUCCCAACUAGAAGGAAACAGGUUACUGACGAAAACAAUACAGCAGGUCAUGUGACCAUUAAGGUAAGCCAAUCACCAGCACGCGACAACCAGCUGAGUGGUGGGGCAGAUGAUUUGGGGCCGAGCAAUUGCUUAACAUCCGUAACUUUUCAGGCGUCAGAAAAGAGUUCUAAGAAGGCCAGAGAUGAGGAAAGUGCAGUCAAAAAGGGCGAUAAGAAGAAGGUUGUGAAAAGAAAACCAAAGAUGGAAAGUGUAGGGAAAGGAAGUGAAGCAGCGACCGAGAAUAAGCCAACUGAAGUGACAUCUGAACCUACCAAAGACAAAACCCAAGUGUCGGUCCGAAAGAAGGAAGUCAAGAUUUCCAGUGAAGAGGAUAUUACAUCUAAAGUAAAAUGCGUGAAGAAGAAUUACAAGCCAAAACCUUCUGAAACAUUACCUUCAAAACGAAAACUCCCCAAAAAAUUAGCAGUUUUAAAACCAGCGAAAGUUUUGCCUGCGAAACUAUAUAAAAUUACACUACCUAAAGUUCCGUCGAACCCUAAAGUUUCUAAGAAACUAAAACACCAGAAGAAGAAGGUGUCCAAAACCGCCAUGAGAAAUGUAUCGACGGACCAGUUUUCAGCAGACACUGUCGUGGAGGCCAGACAAGAAGAGGAGCGGAAACUGCAAAAGGACGGCGACGACUCAUCCACGUCGGACGAAAUUACGUUAGAUUUAUUACUCCGUCGCCAGCAACAAAUGAAACAGGAGUGCAUUGCGAGUGAUGAGCCUUCCAUUGGGCAGCGGAGUCAGUCUGAAGGAAUAGUAAGUGGUCCAUCUUCCCCUAUCGAGACCGAUAACCUUAGUGCUGCCCAAAUUAUUGAAAUCAAACCUUCAUUGUCAUUGAUAACGUCUGUUAAACAGGAAGAACAGAUGCCAGACCCCGCCGUUGCUACUUCAUCUCCCUCAACAGGCAACACUUCGGACGAUGAAGAUUUGAAAAGUAUAAAAAAUCGCAUCAAGAUUAAGCUAGAAGACAAUGCGGAGAGUGACAGAGAGGAAGAAAGGAAUGCAAAGAGAAAGUUGGCGGCAGGAAAGGUAAAGAGUGACGACAGUUCUACAACCAGAGGGAAAGGUGGAGAAGUGAAUGUAAAGAAAGAACCAAAGGAAGAUACAGUAAAAUCAGAAAGCAAGAAAAGCGAAUCGGACAUUAAAGUUACAGAUGAUAAUGAUGGGAAGGGAGGAAGGGUUAAGAAAUUUCUGGGCGUUAAGCGCUCGAGAGCCGACGGCGGCAAGAGUGGUAGCAGCGGGAGCGACACGGACCGGCGGGCGCGUCGGAUGAAGCUUUUCGGUUUCUGGAGCGGCCCCAAACGUCAUCGCGUAGCGUCAUUGAACGCGCUGGCCAAGGUCCAUUGCCUGUACGAGAACGAGACUCGGGGUGCUUUGAUUGGCAUCUACGGUACCAAUGGAGAGAAUAGCCAGCGAGCCCCUAAACCAUCGCCGUCACCAGAAAACGGCACUGUUACCACUACCAGAACUCUACGUUCAGCACCGGGACUGCGAGGUGUGGGCAAACACUGGGACAUGCACAACGCGUCUUCCACAUCCUCGUCUGCACCAUCGUCUGAUGAGAACGAAAGUAACAGUGAUUCAUAUGUGUCGUCUCCUUGCGCACCAACCGCUUCUUACAAAGCGAAAGUGCCAACGGCAGGCUGUAGCAUCAAGAAAAAAUCGAAACAGGUUAAGAAUAUGAAGAAGGUUGUUAAACGACGAAGAAACAGAUGUGAACUUAUGAUGGAUCUUAAGGAUAUGGUUGUUCGGAAAAGAAUGGCAAGUUUAAACGCAUCGGCCAUCCUAGCUGCUAGUUACUCCGUGGAGAAACGCGCUGUGAAGAGUGUUAAGGAUGACAGCGGGGUGACGGUAGGCACCAACAACGUUCAGGUGAAGAAGAAGUCAAAGAAGCGGCUCGUGACGAAGAAGGUGAUAGAGGUUCAGGAUGACAGCAGUAGCAUCAGCAGCGACAUUGAGAUUGAAGAAUGCGAUGUGGAGGGAAGAGGCAGUAGUCGGAGUGUCAUUGAGGUGCGGACUACGCCCAGCGGUGGUCAGAAGAGCAACAAGAAAGUAGCUGUUAUUGUUAACCAGGACACUGACGUUACCAUCACUGGUGUUUACGUCAACAGCACCACGAGGUCAACUCACCACGAAGGGUUCUGCAGCAUUGCAGGGAUGCAGUACCGUAUCUCUUCCACCAGCCACACCCAAACUGAGGCCACUGCUGUGGCCACCGAGACUGUGCUUCACACUUCUACCGCUGCAGAGCACCCCCCGUCACAGCACCACCCAGCAGAACCACCAUUAGCACCACCGAUGAAAUCAUACACUCCACUCGGAGCGCUGUCGAACAUGCAACCCCCUGGUUCGGCAGUAGUGGGAGGUCCGCCACCUGCACAUCACCACCACCACGCGCACGGACAUCCACACGCACACCCACCGCCGUGUAAUGUGCCGCCCCAGCAGCAGCCCCCUCACCGAGGGGGACCCGUAAAUCCUGGGGGUGUGUCAGUGCAUCCACCAAUUUCACCUCUUGGCCGUCGACAUGGAUGCAGUAGCGCCUUCUCCGCGCCGCCUCCACCGUCCGCCGCUGCUUACGGACCGCCGCCCCAGCACCCGCAGCCACCCCCUCACCAUCAUUCGCAUCCACCGCCCCAAGGCCAGCAAGAUCCCGCGUACAUUCACGGUGAGUGUUCCCGGCUGAGGAAGGGUUGGUGCAGUCCUGCUGGCGGUUACUAUCAGCCUGCAGGUCCAUUGAUCUCAGCCCACCAUCAGCAUUGCAGUUCCAUCAGCAGCAGUAGCAGCAACGUUGGAAAAGUGCCACAAGCUGUGCUCCCCACUCUUGAGGCAUCACCCAAUCCCACACCACCACCUUCAGUGGCAAGCCACAGUGGCCCAGGAGCAGUGCCGACAACAGUCACAUCUGCAGUUGUACCACCAACAGCCCAGCAGAUUGUUUCAGCGACGUCAAGUGGAAGUGUUGGGGGCAGUGCUCGUAGUGGCGGAGACGAUUCAGAUAACGACGUGAUUAUCACGGCAACAUCAUGCUCUGGGGGCGGGGAAGUUGCCCCUCCACCUCCAGUACCUCAGCCCUUACCACUUCAGCAGCAUCCGCAUCAAGUCGGCUAUCGAUACGCUCAGCCUUAUCCCCCACCUCCAACACCAUCCACACCCCAGCAUAUUCACCAUCAGUCCUACACCUACAACUAUCCUCAUACUCAGUACUAUCCCUCCCCCCCUGCUUCGGCUAGCAUUCAGUACUCAUCAGUUGCUGCCAACCCUCCGUCCCUUCAACAGCAUCACACUCAUUAUCACAAUCAAGAUCUCUGUUAUUCAACCACAGCAAACUAUCCUCCUGCCUCAUACUUUCACCACAAAUCGUACACAACACCACCUCCAUCAGGCUAUCACAGGCAUUACAUUCCACCGCCCCACCAGUAUUACACUCCAGAUCUCUAUUCGAGCCCAGCACCCAACACAAGUCAGCAGAAUUCUGGCCAGGGUCAGCAGAGCCAACAGAUGGUUGUGACCGGUUCCUCAGCAGGCUCAGCAAGCAGUUACCAACCCCCUGGAGCACCUCCGCCACCUCUGGUUGCAGUGUCAACCAAUCCACCUCCUCCACUGGUGGAUACAUACCCACCACCUAUGUCAAUUGUUGACCCAUACCCACCACCACCACCACCCAGGUACUACCCCGAGUACAGCCGUGGUCCUGGGGCAGCAGGUUGUUACAGUCACUCCCCUACUAGAAGCCUCUUCAUAGAUGCAGCAUACCAGAGUUGCCCAUGUCCUAUGCAGUCGUGUCCAAAAAACGUCCAUACUGGGCCUCUUACUGGUGAUGGUAAGGGGCCACACAUUACUACAAACCAACAGCAGCAGUCUGUGCCGGAGUCUGGACCAUCUUUUCAUCAGCAGCCUCUGCCACCUGUGGCAUUAGCACUGCCACUGGAACCUCCUGGAGCUCUGGGACCCCCUAGCCCAGCUCGGGGAAGUGCUGGAAUGCCUCCACCUCCAUCACCGGCCACUGCUUCUGCUCGAAACCCUAGCCAUACCCAAGAGGAAGUCGCCUUCCAACAAAGAGUGUGGGAACUAGAUGCAGCAGCUACUGAAGCACAAUCUAAACUGGAAGCCAACAAGCAGGAGCCAUUGGAUCAGAACGCUGUAGGAGAAACAAAGUUGCCUUCUACCCCAGAAGUUGUCCAAGAAGUGCACAGCAAGCCAGAUAAAGAAUUUGAGACUGGCACGACAACUAUACCAAGCGAUGAGGCUGUGGGUAAAACGAACAUUUCAAAGCAUCGUCUGCUAGCGAUAAGCAAUAGUGUGACGAAGCCUGAGGUGCGUGUGUGUAGGACAAAAGCCAAGAAAAAGACGUCUCCAGCUGUCAACGCUAUACCUUUACUAAUGUGUAAUCCUGAGGUUCAGAAAAAGAGACCGUUUUCAGCAGAAGUGAUGUCGUCAAAACCAGAGGCUGUGACAGUUGUAGAUCCAAAGGUGGUGAGCAACAGUGUGAAAAUGGAAGUGAGGAACUUGGAAAAGGAAGUACUUACAGAAAAUAACAAAUUUCCUGGACUGACCCAGAAUGGCAGUAAAACCAUAUUUAGGAAUGGUUCAUCUCGGAAGAGGAAUGCUGAACCAGCAAACAACAGCACUGCGAGGGUUGAAACGGGUGCAUCAGUGCCAAAAAGACAAAAGCUCUCAACUACAGAUGUUAUUGUCACCAGUAGACUGACAAUAUCAAAUGAAGAACCUCACAAAACUAAAAAUGGAGCAAGUGAGCCAGAUGAUCAAGUGAAUGGUGUUCCUCUCGAAACACAGAUCAAGUCCAGGAAUGGGCAGAAAUCUCAGCCUCUUUCUUCUAAUAUCUGCAGUUUAAACAGUAUGAAGCACAAUGUACGAAAACGGAAGCUUGAUGACGCUAAAGAUUUAACAGAAAAUAAGGAACCAGUCAUCAGUGCAUCAAAGAAGAAAGGGGAAACCAAAGUUCGUAGGUUACAAACCAAGAUAUAUCCGUCACGCAUGAAACAAGCCAAGAAGGUGACAGACCACGAAGCCAUGAAAAGGAUUGAUGAAGUACUGGACAGCGUUGUGAACAAAGGUCAGAUAAACGUGGAACCCCUUGCAACCACAAGGAGGAACAGUAGUUCAAAUGUAACUCCAGUGACUAAAAAGACAUCAGCUAAUAAAAAUGUGGAGCGCAGGAAGUCAGAAACCAAGAUCAAUGGCAUAAUUUCUCUUCAGAGAAAACCGUGCUUGAGGCAUCAAGGUGGGAAACAACAGCAGGUUACUUCCACUUGUUUGAAUGGUGAUGUUUCAAAGGUCCCUGUUGCUCAAACAAAUGCCAGCCAUGUUCAUGUAGAAAGAAAGGGAACUCACCUACGCAAAAGGUCAGAACAUGUGUCUCUUGCUUUGGAGGAAACAUUUCCCAGUGAGAAAACAGAAAGAGUUAGCCAUAUGUUGCGUAGUCAUGGUUUGCGCAGCUCAUUGUCUGAUCCAUCAUCAAAUGAUGAUGCUGAGACUAAUGCUUCUAAAGGAAAGGGGUCCAGUUGUCCCUCUCAGAACCCUUCAUCCAUUGCUGCUGUCAGGAGAACAUCCACAGGAAGCAGGAAGGAUCAGUCCAAGAAAUCUGCAUCUCUGAUUGUUCGACAUGAUGGUGUACCAACACUUAAGAAACAAGUACAGCAGCAGCAAGACAUGACAGUUGCGGCUCUCUCUAGGAAGGCAUUUCCAAAGAAAUCUCUACAGUCACCAAAGUGGUCCAAUGGCUGGAAAUUUGUUGGCAAUCCAUUUGAAAGCAAAGUCUUCAUUUCGAGUGAUGAUGAGCUGAAGAUACGGAAAUGCUACCCUAUGAUGCGUCAUGAGGAAGGGGAUGUGAUCCGUCCCCGUGACUGCAUCUUACUGAAGUCAGGACCACGAAAGAUGGACUUGCCUUUUGUUGCUAAGGUUGCCGCCCUCUGGGAGAACCCUGAUGAUGGAGAAAUGAUGGUAUCCUUGCUGUGGUAUUAUCGUCCAGAACACAUAGAUCAUGGCUGCAGACUGGAAGACAUGGAAGAUGAGAUUUUCGCCUCAAAACACAGGGACAUUAGCAGCGUGGCCUGCAUUGAGGACAAAUGUUAUGUUCUUACAUUCAAUGAGUAUUGCAGGUACCGUAAAUGUGUGCGUCGAACGGAGGAGGGUAUCAAGGAACCUGGACUGGUGGUACCACAGCAUGAAGGAUAUCCCCGAGGGAACAGACAGCCUCCUGGAUGUGUAGCUUCUGAACUGGUGUUCUUCUGUCGUCGUGUUUACGAUUUCCGACAGCGCCGUAUCCUGAAGAAUCCUGGCUGAAAUGCAGUGGGAGACUUUUAAUGCACUCAGUGCAUGUAUACAGUACAUGCAGGAAACUAUAUAUGAGCGUUGGCACUACUCAAAUGACGAUUGUUAGUUGACAGCUGGGUCUUGGCAGGUGGUAGUGCUUUCAGAAAUGUUGAAGUUUUACACUCUGCCUCGUAAUAAGUUUUAAUUUACAAUGUGAAUAUGUAUAUCAGAAUUGAAUGUGUAAUAUGUUUAUAGGCGAAGUGGGAUUUCUUGUUUAAAAGAUAUCAGAUUUGAGUGACACAGGGUGACAUGCUCACAUUUUGAGUGAGGACCAAUGGAGGCAAAGUGUGGAAUGUAGGUUUAUACUUAAAUACAACCAUUAUGUUGUGAAUUGUGGUUUGCAAAACUAUAAUAGAAUUAAAAUAUUUUGUUUCCAAUUACGUCAGAGUCAUUAUUCUUUCAACAGUCUUGCAUUUUGGCGUCUGCUUAUUAGUUGUCAGGUUUUCUCUUCUUGUUCUGUUUCCUCGUAAAGGGACUUCCUGCUGGUUGAAUGGUCACAGUCUGCAGACUUCUGUAUGAUGAUGAGGACUGCAUAUGUGUCAAGAUAGAAAAUAAGUGUGUGGAUUUUUUUGUUGCCGUCGAGGACGUGACAGUCCUUAGUUGUUCAAGAAAAAGAAAUAUCAUCAACGCCUUAAUGAAGCAAAACUUUUUAAUAAGGAGACCAACUUUGUUGAAACUCUGUAUGGAGAAUUUAGGGACAAAAGUAAAAUAAUGUAACAUUUUGUGAAGUCUUCUAAAAGGAACAGCAAGAUCAGCAUUUUUUGUGUUUGACAGAGAUGCCUGUCCUAGCAUUUGUACCAUAAGUUGUAAAGAGAGUAGAUAUUAUAUUAUUAUUAAUUAUUAUUAUUAACAUAGAGUCAGAUUAUAUAUAUAUAAUAUAUUUAAUUUAAAAAAAUAAAAUUCAAUAUUUAUAAAAGUGGAACAAAAAAUGUUUUCUGUAGUCACUCAGGUAGGAUUUUUUUCAAGUGCUAUUUUAUAAAAAAACUUCGUUUAGGUAUAAUUCUUAGAAAAUGUUUAGCACGAUACAUAGUGUCCCUCUUUUGAUCACACAGUUGGAUGGUUAUUCCUUGUGGUCACUGGGGAAUGGGUUCGGUGUAGGCUUUGUUCCCAAUUUCUGGUGCUAAAUUAUGACAGUUCGGCUACCUGUUUGAUCAACUUGGUAUGAGUAAUGGAAACUGAGAAGCCGACUUGGCAUAUGGGUACAGUACAGCAUGUUGAGGCUCAUAUUAAGAGAUGAGCAAGAAUAUGUUAUGAGCAGGGCCCAGAUUUUGAUGAUGUAAAAUAUUUUAGAAAUUACCUAUAAAAUGACAGGAAAAAUCCAGAAGAACUACCUAAAAGUUAAAAAACAACCUAAAAUGUAUCGUGUCAUGGAAAAUCUACAAAUUGUUUUAAAAUGUAUGUUUAACCUUUAUUAACACUGUGAACUCAUCCUUACUCUUUUUAAGUUCUUCCUAGUUUUUAUGUCGAAAAUUAAGCAAUAUAUGAUUGAAUUUGGAGCUAAACAUUUUAUUAUGAUUUUUUCUACCGCAUUGGAACGCUAAUGAAAUGUACAUAUACGGUAUAUAUUCCAAUAUUUAAGUGCCACCUCAUUCAGAGUUGCAAUAGAUGACAGUCAACAUGCGGACAUUCUCGAAGGUGAGUGAACGCCUAUUGUCUGACAGCACAUUCUUGUACUUGAAGAAACUCCUUUCCACAUCUGCAGACACAGUGGGAGCAUACUUGAAGUGUACCAAAUCACUAGCAGUACUUCUUCAAGAUUUAAAGUGCUGAAGGACUCUCCUGUCAGAAUUCGAGAAAUGCUGCAUAAUGUUUCAUAACCAGAGUUUUUAUCUAGAACACUUUUCAUUUUUCUUGACACCAUUUUACCAGUGUCCCCUGACGCUUUCUCCAAAUCACUGGCUAUUUUUUCCACAAGAACAAGAGAAUCUUCUAGCGUUGCUCCUUUCUCCUGCAAACAUUGGAUUCCUUCUGUGAAGGAAAUGAAAUUUGCCUUUAUGAAGGCCAGCUGUCUUUCCAUUUUGAUGCACAAGAACUGUUCCUGAGCGGCUUCAAUUGCCCUCGCAUCCUCCGUCUUCAUUGAGUGUACAAUGUUUUUCACUACCUGAAAAUGAUCUGUAUAGUAAAUUGCAGCAUGAAUCCAUGUUCCCCACCUUGUAAUGACGGGUUCUGGUGGCAGUGGAACACCAGGAGCCAUAGACUUAAAAUGUGUUUUAUGAGCUGGAGCCUUAAUGAAAAUCUUCUUCAUCCUCUACAUGAGAGCAUCCACUUGAGGAAAUCUUGAGCUCACUUUCUCCGUCACUCUCUGCAGUGCAUGAGCUAGGCAAGUGAUGUGCACCGAUUUUGUAUAAAACGACUUUAUUGACUUGCCUGAUUUAAAAUAUAUGGGGCUGCAUCAGUCACGGAAAGCAAGACAACAUCAUGUCGUAUACCCUCUGGCCACAGUAGAAACAUUGACCUGUCAAAGAGUUUACAAAUUGUGGAAUGAUUAACGGAUUCUAGCACCUCACUCGUGAGCAGAAACACUUCACCUGGUCCAUCAAUUUCCAAGGUUCCAAUGAUAAGGUUUGAAACAUAGCGAAACUGCCACAGAUCUCAUCAAUAGAAACAAAAAUCUUCCCAUGCACUUUAUUCCUAAUCAUUUCCAGGAUAUUGUUGUAGCACUUGGAAAAGUAGUGGAGUCAUCUGGGGUAGAAUAACCACAAAUCACUUCCAGAAAAAUUUUCAGGUUUUCAUUGUUAGUCCAAAAUGGAAUAUUUGCGGACACCAGAGCAUCACACAGAUCUGUGAAAAAAUCCAGUGUCUUAUUUCCACCUUCCAGUGAACACUUGCAGUAACAUUUGCACAUUUCCUUUUUGUUUGAAAUUUGCACUGCUCGUAUAUGCUUGUUGCGGUCGAUAUGUUGUUCUACCGUGAAUCUUUUUUCUUCCGCCAAUUAUGUGCCACACAUCUUAAAGUAUAAAAUGUUACUGUCAGUUGAAAAUAUGUCAUCUCUAGCCACAAUCUGCUUUAAAUGACACGAUUUAGAUGGCUUUGCUUUAGGUAUCAUGGUAAAAUGAAUCACUCUAGUGCAACACAGAACUGAACUUUUCACGCUGAGAACCUUUCGUCAACAGUAUCUUUGUCUGUGUGGUCAAGGGUGAGGAACUGAAGACAAACGGAGUUUUAUUGAGCAACAAUAUGUCACAAAAAGCAAUGGAUUCUGACUACAAAUAUUUGUAACUAAGCAAAUACCUUUGCACAGAACUU